CCCCCUUUUUUCCCUUUUUUCCCUUUUUUAAAAGCUUGAAGGCAUUGUGCUGCGUUUACGCACCCUGCCUGCCAGUCAAAGAAUGGGGAUUUGUCUCCACUCUCCUCAGUCCUCCCUCCCUGGUUGCUUCUGGUGAUCCAGUGGAUCUUCCAGUGUGCAGCGAGCCUCCGAGCAGGUCGGACCGGUGGGAGUGAGUUGUGACGGGAUCACACAUUGGACCUACGCUCGUCUGUUAUUUUUAUUAUUAUUUGUAAUCAAAUAUCACUUUUGCAAGUUAUUUUUUUUUAUACCGGAUCCUUUGUUUGCUAACUCUUAAAGACAUAGACUCUUGGAUCUACUGCUUUUUCGUGUAAUUCCCAACACAAUUGAGGAUUUGUGGAUUUAAAAGCUGUCCUGAGUCAGUUAUUGAAAGGAUUGUGCACAAGUAGACGGGGCGAGCAUGAACAUGUGGACUCCACGCUUCAGCCUUUAAAAAACGACAGUAUUUAUAUUUGUUUUAUGGUGCGUUGCGUGAGGCAAGAAGGUAAUGGGAGAGGGUGCACAAGCAACAAGGGAGCGUUGUUUGGGUUGCAAGACGGGGUCUCUGCUGGCUUGUGGUUCUUUUGACAAGAUUCACUGGAGUUCUAUUUAAAGUCCUGGACCAGCACCCUUUUCUCUGCAAAAGGACCUCUAAUGGCUCAUUAGGGUGGAAGUCAUGGGAUGCGGACCAAAAUAAUCCAGCGUGGACACUGAACUCCGUACUGUGUUCGCACCUGAAUGCAUCUUGCACCUGAUCUCUGACCUCCUGGUUUUGGACCUUUCCUCGACUGCUUCUGGCGGAGCCCAGCUUGGCUGCUUUGUCUUGUUGUGUUCUGGUUCUGAAGUUGAGUGAAUGUGGCGCGACAUGGCGUGUCCAUGGAGUGGGAAUGGAUUGUGGAUCCUGCUGGUGUUGGUACUGGAUUUACUGGGAACCACGGCCAGCAGCAUGGAGCCCAUCUACUGGAAUUCACUCAACGAGAGGUUCCGGGACGAUAAGGGCUACGUCCUCUACCCUCAGAUCGGCGACCGGCUGGACCUGAUCUGCCCUCCGCUGGACACGGUCCGCUCCACGCCGGAGUACGAGUUCUACAAACUGUACCUGGUGUCGUCGCGGGAGCAGGCGGACCGCUGCGAGGUGAUGGGCGCGCCCAACAUCGUGCUGACGUGCGACGAGCCCACAAGGGAACGCCGCUUCACCAUCAAGUUCCAGGAGUUCUCGCCCAACCUGUGGGGCCACGAGUUCAAGAGCAUGCACGACUACUACAUCAUCGCUACGUCAGAUGGGACGCGCCAAGGUCUGGACAGCAUGAGGGGCGGAGUUUGUGCCACACAGGGCAUGAAGGUGGUCCUUAAAGUGGGGCAAAGUCCAUACGGGCUGCCUCCCAAGAAGGAGACAGCGGGACGCUCCACCAACAGGAACUCAGGCGGGAACUCGACCCAUUCAAGAGGACCCAACACCUUCGGAGGAGCCGAAGGGGGCGGCGAGAACGGCCCCCUGCAAUCGUCCAACAUUGCCCUCAUUGCCGGCGCGGCGGGAGGCUCCGCCUUUCUCCUGCUGGUCACCGCCGUCAUCUGCGUGGUGUGCUAUAGGCGACGGCACGCCAAGCACUCGGACACCCACCACCCGCCGCUGUCGCUGUCGUCACUCACCAGCCCCAAGCGGGGUGGCGGGGGCGGCGGCAUCUCCAGCUCCAACAAUAACGGCUCGGAGCCCAGCGACAUCAUCAUCCCGCUGAGGACGUCGGACUCUGCCUACUGCCCGCAUUACGAGAAGGUAAGCGGCGACUACGGACACCCCGUCUACAUCGUGCAGGAAAUGCCGCCACAGAGCCCGGCCAACAUCUACUACAAAGUAUGAGAACUGGAGUGCCUCCAUCUGCCCAUCAUCACUCCAGUCCCCGCCCCCUCACGAAAAUGGAGCCACAACACGGUCCGCCAUCACAACUCAUUGUCCAUCCACCAGAAACGAACCACGACCAAACCCAAUCUCACUUGAGCGGGCCGCCAAGUGUGCGUGGGGGUUCUCCAGCCCUCCAGAACAUGGCCGGAACCUCUUUGACCCGUGCUGGAUCAAGGAGUCGUUCCCAAAAUGCACUUGUAAGUGCACAAAUGUGGCUUUUGGACUUGAGGAGAAUCAAAAGACAAUAGCUUAAAAAUACUUAAAUAAAAGCCCACUUUGUGCUGAGGAACUCAUAGUCGCCAUACCUGCCUAGAACCCAGCAGCCCGCCCCUCGGAGCGCCAUCAGCCAAUCAGAGACGAGCCCCGCCUCUCGCCGCCAACGCUCCUUUAGGAAUACUCGGAACACAAGGGGAGGGGGGGCUCGGGGACUCGGCCAAUCAAAAAAAGCUGGGUCGGAGGUCAGUCACGUGACCUGGCCUCGAUGACACUCAGAAUCUUGUAUAUUUUAAUAACGUGUGCGUGUGUGCGCGUGCGUGUAUGUGGGUGUGGGUGUGUGCUUUACAUGGGUGUGACUGUGCUCUUUAGACUUGUCUUAAAAAUACCAAAACACAAAAUAGUGAGCGGCUAUCAAAUGAAAAAAAAAAAAAAGGAAAAAAAGUAUUUUUUUUUAAUGGCUAUCAACACGUAUAGAUGAUAUAUAUAAAUAUCCAGUAAAUAGAUGUUUUUCUUUUAUUUUCUAUUGUUUUGUUAUACCCGCUCUCCGCUAAAAAGACGACGCCUCUGUUGCUAGACCUUUUUCUAUUUUUCACAACUUACCGUAGUACAAUCUGCCUUUUUUAAAAUAUUAAUUUAACCCCAGUUAUUGACCUCUUCACCCCCCUGGCCCACCCCCCCGCCCCAGGUGUGUGUAUAUUUUUAUAGCUUCUUGUUCUAUGCUGUAGUGUUCAAGUUUAGACAUCGUUUGUGGAAGUGUUGAGGUAGAGCCAUCUAUCUUUUAUUUUUAUUUUAUUUUAUUUUUUUUUAAUUCCAAAUGCUUUUGGAGGGGUGGGUGAGGAAAAAAAAAAGAACUAACAGCGGCGUCUGAAUGCAGAAAAAAAGAACUGUGAUGAUAUU